AUGUUUAAGAAACAUCAAGAAUUACAAGAUAUUCAAGAUAAUCAUCAAUUAAAUAGAACAAAGUAUAAAAGAAGAGAUAUAAUACAAGAUAUUGAGAUUGAUCCAUUUUAUCCUUCUUAUUCAUCAACUUUUUUAUCAUCUUAUAAAUUACAACAACAACCUCAAAAAGAAAAUUUAAAACAAAGUAAAUCAUCAGAUUCUUUAUUAUUCUUUAAAACAAGUUCAAAUCAUAAUUAUACUCAUACCAACAACAAUAAAAGAAGACAAGAUAAUAAUAUAGAAGGUCAUUUAAGUAUAAGACAGAGUAUCUCAACUUUUUUACAAAGUAUGGGACAACAAAUUUCAAAAAAUGAUAAACAAUUUAAAAAUCAAAAUCAUCAAGAGUUAAUAAACUCCGAAAUCGCAUCAUCAACUAAUUCUUCAUUACAAAAUAAUUAUCAAGCAAAUAAUAAAUUAAAUAUUCAUAAUAUAUUAUCGAAAUCACAAUCUAAGUGUGAAAAUAAUACAUCUCCAAAACAACAACGAGAAGAUUCGAUAAUACGGGAUGAUUUAUCAUUAGUUCCAAUAUCUUCACCUCCAGAUGAACCUGUAACAUCAUCAAAUCAACCACAUUUUUCAUCACAAUUUUAUUUAAGUCCAAUAACUUCAAAUGAAUCAUAUAAUUAUUAUUCAGAUGAUGCUUCAAUGAUUGAUCCCUACCCUCAACAUCAUCAUCCUUAUUCUCAUCAUAAUCUUCAUACAGAAAUACACACCCAAAAUCAUUCACUUCAAAAAUUAGAUCAACCACUUUUACCAGAUAUAUCUCCUGCUUCAUCAUAUAGUGAUGAUGAUAACCAAAAUAAUAAUAAUAAUGAUAAUAUGGAUAUAGAAAUGAAAGAUCCUACAGAUUCAAGAAAAUCAUCUACUCAAUUACAUCAAUUUCAAAUUCAACCUUCACCAUUAUUAAAUUUACCAAUAGAAUUAUUAAUGAAAAUUUUAGAAUAUGUUUAUACAGAUAAUGAUAUAUCAUCAAUAAAUUCAAAUUUAGAAAAUUUUGCAAAUACAAUACCAUUAUUAUCAAAAAAAUUUCAUCAAUUAUCAUUAUGUUUUAUUUAUAAAUAUACAAUUUUCAAUCGACCUCAUUCAUUUGAUAAAUUUUUAUAUAAUUUGGAAAUAAAUCCUAUAAUUGGAAAAUAUGUUGAAUUUAUGGAUUUUCAACAAUUUACUUCUAUUGGAUUAGGUAGAACUGGUAGAAUGAAUCAAGAAAUUCAAAUGGUUACUUCAAAAACUAUAACUCAUGCAUUAACAAUGACUCCAAAUCUUAUAGAAUUUUUAGCAAGUGAAAAUAUUCAAGAUGAUAUUGAUGUAAAUGUAUUAGAUUUAUUAUUUAAUAAAAUGAAAAAAUUAAAAGUUAUUGAUUUAUGUGGAGCAAGUUCAACUGAAUUAUCAAUAGCAUUUAAUGAAUUAAAUUUAAACAAUGAAAAUAAAUCAAUUACAAAAUUAUCAUUACAUGAUUGUUCAAAUUUAUCAUCAAAUAUUUUAGAAAAAAUAUUAAUAAAUUUACCAAAUUUAAAAAGAUUAGAUUUAACUCAUACACAAAUAAAUUCAUCAACUUUAUUAAAAUUAUCAACAAACAUCAGAUUAACUCAUUUAAAUUUAUCAAAAUGUUCAAAAUUAACAACAAAAGAUUUAAUAAAUUUUUUAACUAAUCAUCCAGCAAUUAAACAUGGAAGUCUUCAAUGGUUAAAUUUACAAAUUGAUUCAAAUGUAAUAAGUCCAUUAAGUGAUGUUUAUUUAUUAUAUACUUUAAAACAUUUAAAUGCUCCAAAUUUAAAAUAUUUAAAUAUUGGAGGAAUGCCAAUAAAUUCAAGAAUAUUAUUUACAAUAAAAGAAAAAUUUCCACAACUUGUAAGUUUAAAUAUAAGUCAUGCAAAUAUAACUUUGGACGAAUUGAAUGAAUUUAUGAUUAAUAAUAAAAAUAUUGAAUAUUUAGAUUUAACAAAUAUAAAAUCAUUAAAUAAAAAUUUAAAAACUUUUUUAAAAUUAAAUUUUAAUUCAAAUUUAAAAUCAAUUGAAUUUGAUUAUAAAUCUUUAUAUGAUUAUACAUCAAAUGGAGAAUAUUUUAAAAUUUUAAAUGAUUAUGGUGGUGGUGAAUUAAUAAUUCAAGAUUCUUCAAAAUUAAUACCUCAAAUUUGGAAAUUUUAUGAUAAUGAAGGAAGAAGAAGUUGGAUAUAUAAAAUAUCAGAAUCCGAGCUCAAGAAAGCAAACAAGGGCAAUCUAGUCUACUAUGAUUUAGAAACUGGUAACAAAAUUAUAACAAAAAUCAAAAAACCAAAUUUUUUAAAAUUUGUUUCUAGAAAAAUUAAUUGUUCAAUUGGUUAUUAUAAUUUAAAUUCAUAUAAGCAAAAAGAAAAUGAUGAUGAAGAUAUUUGGCCUGUUGAAUUUAGUCAGAGAGGGAUUUAUAAUUAUUAUUCUUUGAAUGUUAAGUGA